AUGGCCGCGGCGGAGCCUGUCGCGCUCUGCCUCUUCGACGUGGACGGAACCCUCACGGCCCCGCGCCAGAAAAUCACAGCCGAGAUGGCCGCCUUUCUGCAGAGGCUGCGUCAGAAGGUGAAAGUUGGAGUCGUGGGUGGCUCAGAUUUUGACAAGAUCAAGGAGCAGCUUGGCGAUGACGUGGUUGAAAAGUUUGACUACGUUUUUCCAGAAAAUGGCCUUGUAGCAUACAAAGAUGGGAAAUUCUUGUGCAAGCAGAACAUUCAGGGCCACUUGGGUGAGGAUGUGCUUCAGGACCUAAUCAACUACUGCCUGAGCUACAUUGCAAAGAUUAAACUGCCAAAGAAAAGGGGCACCUUCAUUGAGUUCCGAAAUGGGAUGAUAAACGUCUCCCCCAUUGGAAGGAGCUGCAGCCAGGAGGAACGACUUGAGUUCUAUGAACUUGAUAAAAGGGAACAUAUAAGAGAGAAAUUUGUAGCUGAUUUACGAAGAGAAUUUGCAGGAAAAGGCCUCACAUUUUCCAUAGGAGGCCAGAUAAGCUUCGAUGUGUUCCCAGAUGGCUGGGAUAAGAGGUACUGCUUGGGAAUCAUUGCCAACGAUGGAUACAAGACUAUUUAUUUCUUUGGGGAUAAGACUAUGCCAGGAGGGAACGACUAUGAAAUUUUCACAGACUCUAGGACAGAAGGCCACAGUGUCACCUCCCCACAGGACACCAGAAGAAUCUGUGAAGAGCUAUUUUUUAAAUGAAAGACUGAGAAUUCACAGUGGCCAAACGGUUAGGAUGGCUUAGUAAUCCCCAACAGCUUCUGUCCUGGUUUUUCUACCUGAGCACAAAC